AUGAGUGAAAGUACUCCAUUAAAUGGAGUUAUACCCAAAUAUAAUGAUGAAGAGCAAAACUUAGAAGAAUAUGAUGAUUAUCAAAAACCAUGGAGUUCUAAAACAAAAGCUAUAAUAUAUACAAGUAUUGGAGCAAUAACGUUGGUUUUACUUUGGUUUUUCACCAUUAUUUUACCAAAUUAUUAUAUACCCAAAGCUAUUCCAUUACAACCUAUUGUUCAUAUAUCAGAUGUAAAUGUUUCAAUAUUACCACAUCAUCAUAAAUCACAAGUUAAUAGGUUAAUAAUGAUUGGAGAUAUUCAUGGUCAUUACAAAGAGUUCCAGAAGUUGUUAAAGAAAGCUAAUUAUAAUAAUAAAAAAGAUGAAUUAAUUGUAUUAGGAGAUUUUAUAACAAAAGGACCAGAUAAUUUUAAAAUGUUAGAUUAUUUAAUUAAUAAUAAUAUUAGUUGUAUAAUGGGAAAUCAUGAAUUUUAUUUAUUACAAAAUUAUGCAACUUUUCAUAUGUUAGAUCAACCAAGUUUUUUAAACAAUGAUCCACCACCAGAAUUUAAAAUCAAAGAUUCUUUUAACAAUGAUCCAGAAUUCAUAUUAGCUAAAAAAUUACAACCAAAACAUGUUGAAUACAUAAAUAAUUGUUCAAUUAUAAAAGAAUUAGGUGAUGUAUCAUUAAUUGGUACAACUUUAACUCCAGGUAUUGCAGUUCACGCAGGAGUAAGACCAGAUUUAACAUUAGUACAACAAAAUCCAAUAGAUAAUAUGGAAAUGAGAUCAUUAAUUGGUCCUUAUUAUAAUGAAACUUCAGCAGAACGUGAUGUACCAAAUGCUAUAAGUUGGUCAAAAGUAUAUAAUUCUAAAAAAGGUAAACCACCUGCUAAUUAUGUUGUUUAUUAUGGUCAUGAUGCAGGAAGAGGUUUGAAUUUGAAAAAAUAUACAAAGGGAUUAGAUUCUGGUUGUGAUAAAGGUGGGAAAUUAAGUGCUUUAAUUAUAACAUCAACAAAGAAAAAAAAUGGAGAUAUAAAGUUGGUUGAAGAAAUUGUUCAAAUAAAUUGCUAG